GUAAUCCGUAAAUGAGAAAGACUAAGUCAGAUACUUUCUCUCUCCUCCGACAGUCUCAUCAAUUCUCCUGAAUUUCUUCUUCUUCUUCUUCUUCUUCUUCUUCUUCUUCUUCUUCUUCUUCUUCUUCACUUGGAUUAAAAAAUAAUUAGGAAAAAAAUAAAAUAAGCAGCAGCAGGCCAGCAGCUGAAUAGUGAGCUCAUUUUGUGCUGCUGCUACUACAUCUACUAUUCAGCUUUAAGCUUCUCUGAAUCUCAUAAUCUUCCUGAAAAUAUCCCCCAAAAGGAAAGCUAUUGGCGUCAUACAAUGAAUCUGAGAUUAAGAAGCUGUACAAGGGUGUGUUGUGAUGUAUUUUGGUUUGGGCUUUUUUGAUAUCUAAAUGCUCUACAGCUAGUUUUACAUGAUACAUUCUCCUGAUUUUGUGAGAUAAUGAUCUAAUAGGAUAGUUAGUGUGGAUAGUUGUAAUGGAGGAUAACUAUAACGAUGAAGAUUUGCUGGGAAAUGUGAUUAGGCCAUCGGCGUUGAGAACCAUAAAGACUACAUUGUCAGGAAGAUCAACCCCGAAGUCUUCUCCCACAUUUCGGAGGCUUCCUUCUACUCGAACACCUAGGCGAGAGGGUAGAUCUGGUGGGGGUAAAUUUCAGUGGUUUAGGAAUAGUCGGGUGGUUUACUGGUUACUUCUGAUUACUCUAUGGACUUAUGGUGGGUUCUACAUCCAGUCAAGGUGGGCUCAUGGGGAUAAUGAAGGUACUCAAGUUGGGUUUGGGAGUAAUUCCAGGAAUGAGUAUGUCGAUUCAGGGCAGAAUCAGAGUCAACGCCGUGAAUUGAUAUCAGAUGAUAACUUUGUUAAUGUGAAGAAUAGGUCUAACCAUAGUGUGGUAGGAAAUGAGAUCAAGUUAAACAAUAGCAUAGAUACAUCCUUGACUGAAGAAGCGAAUGUUAUUUUACCUCCUAGAAUUAGACCACCUCGGGCUGUAGUUGUACCUUCCAAAAAGAGGAGUAAGAAAGGAAGGCGCGGUUCACCAAGUAAAACACGUGGGAAACUAAAGAUUGAACAAGAAUCUAGAACGAGAGACUUGGAGGAGGUGGUGGAAGAGGAGAUUCCAAUGAGUAAUUCUUCCUACCGGUUGCUCGUUGGUCCAUUUGUCUCUACCGAGGAUAGGAUUCUUGAGUGGAGUCCCGAGAAACGAAUAGGAACAUGUGAUAGGAAUGAGCUCUUUGCACGUCUGGUUUGGUCUAGAAACUUUGUAUUGGUAUUCCACGAGCUGUCAAUGACUGGAGCUCCCCUUUCGAUGCUGGAGCUGGCAACAGAGCUCCUGAGUUGUGGGGCCACAGUUCAUGCCGUAGUUCUAAGCAGACGGGGUGGUUUAUUGGCUGAGCUAACAAAGAGAAGGAUCAAGAUAGUUGAUGACAAGGCAGAGCACAGCUUCAAGGCUGCCAUGAAAGCUGAUCUUGUCAUUGCUGGAUCAGCAGUUUGUGCACAGUGGAUAGAGAGAUAUCUUACAUAUUUCAAGGCUGGCUCGAAUCAAAUCGCCUGGUGGAUCAUGGAGAAUCGCCGUGAGUACUUUGACCGCUCAAAAUUCAUGCUCAACCGAGUAAAAAUGCUGGUAUUCCUUUCCGAAUUACAAUCUAAGCAGUGGCUUGACUGGUCUAAAGAAGACAACAUUACAUUAACAACUCAAACAGCAUUGAUUCCCCUCUCUGUCAACGACGAAUUGGCCUUCGUAGCAGGCAUCCCCUGCUCACUUAAUACUCCUUUAUCAAAUCCGGAGAGAAUGUCACAGAAGCGUCAGAUGCUACGACAUGCUGUAAGGCAAGAAAUGGGAUUGACAGAUCAUGAUAUGCUAGUCAUUUCUCUGGGUAGCAUAAAUUCUCCCAAAGGUCAGCUCCUCCUUGUUGAAUCAGCAUAUUUGGUAAUUGAUGAACAACCUACUCAAAGUGAAAUCAGGUUAAAGACUUCAACGGAUACAGAGCAAAAAACAUCCAAAUUGGCUAAGAAGUUUCAUUUAAGAGGUCUAUCUUUGAAGCCGAAUAACAACAGUGAUUCUUCCCGGAGCAGCAUAUCUGAUGGCCUGUCAGUGAAUGGCACAGAUCCCUCAAGAUCUGAUGAUACUUCCCAGGAAAUUCCACGAUUUCGUGAAGUUUCUGAACAAAAACUGAAGAUUCUUAUUGGUUCAGUUGGAUCAAAGAGCAACAAGGUGACAUAUGUGAAAGAAAUACUUGAAUUUUUGUCAAAGCAUUCGAACUUGUCAAAAUCCAUCCUGUGGAGUCCAACAACAACACGUGUUGCUUCACUUUAUUCCGCUGCAGAUGUAUAUGUCACUAAUUCCCAGGGGCUCGGGGAGACAUUUGGAAGAGUGACAAUUGAAGCUAUGGGAUUUGGUCUGCCUGUACUUGGAACAGAUGCAGGUGGUACAAAAGAAAUAGUUGAGCAAAAUGUAACCGGUCUUCUUCAUCCCGUGGGACGUCCGGGGACGAAAGUGCUAGCUGAAAAUCUCAGGUAUUUACUGAAAAACCCGUCAAUUAGACAGGAAAUGGGAUUAAGAGGUAGGGAAAAGGUAGAGAGGAUGUACUUGAAGCGGCACAUGUACAAGUUGUUCUUCGAAGUCUUAUUCAAAUGCAUGAGAAUCAAAUAGAAAUUUUGAUAUUGGAUGUUUUUUGGCUAUAUAUUGUUGAUGAAUUAGAGUUUUUACAGUUAAUAUCAGAAAUAAUAAUCAUGCCAUUGCUUGGAAAUCAUCAGAGAAUCACUUGUACUGGGAAAGAUCCUAUUUUUGUAUACUCCAAAAGAUCUCUAUGGUAUAAUACUACAUAUGUUAGAUCA